AUGCGGCCGCCGAGGGCACUGUGGCUUCUCCUGCUGGACGCCGUGCUGGCCUCGGGGCUCCUGGGUGCCCGGUGGUUCCCUAAGACUCUGCCGUGCGACGUGGUGCGGGCUGGGACCGAGGUGCUGGUGGACUGCACGGACCGGCGCCUGGUGGCGGUGCCCGAGGGCGUCCCCGCCAACGCCACCAACCUCACCCUGACCAUCAACCACAUCCCGCACGUCUCGCCCGCCUCCUUCCGCGGGCUGAGCCACCUGGUGGAGAUCGACCUGCGCUGCAACUGCGUGCCGGUGCGGCUGGGCCCGAAAGACCACGUGUGCACGCGGGGCCUGCAGAUCGAGCGUGGGGCCUUCGGUGACCUGGCGUGGCUGCGCUCGCUCUACCUGGACGGGAACCAGCUCGCGGAGAUCCCGCGGGGGCUGCCGCCUGGCCUGCGGCUGCUGAGCCUGGAGGCCAACGCCAUCUUCUCCGUGGGCCCGGGGAACCUGACGGAGCUGGCCGGCCUAGAGAGCCUGUACCUGGGCCAGAACUGCUACUUCCGGAACCCGUGCAACACCUCGUUCUGGGUGGCGCGCGGCGCCUUCCUGCAGCUGGGCCGGCUGCGGGUGCUGUCGCUCAAGGACGACAACCUGACGGCCGUGCCCGCCGGGCUGCCGCCGGCGUUGGCCGAGCUCUACCUGUACAACAACGCCAUCACCCAGGUCCGAGAGGACGACCUGGGCGGCCUGCACAGCCUGCAGGUGCUGGACCUCAGCGGGAACUGCCCGCGGUGCUACGACACGCCGUACCCGUGCACACCGUGCCCGGGCGGCGCGGCCCUGCAGGUGCACACGCGCGCGUUUGACGCCCUGACCGAGCUCCACGUGCUCCGUCUGCACAGCAACUCCCUGCAGCACGUGCCGGCGCGCUGGUUCCAGAACCUGCGGAGGCUACGCGAGCUAGAUCUGUCGCAGAACUUCCUGGCCGGGGAGAUCGCGGAUGCCAGGUUCCUGCGUCUACUGCCCGGCCUGGCGCGGCUGGACCUGUCGUUCAACUACGACCUGCGGGUCUACCGCCCCUCCCUGAACCUCUCGGACGCCUUCUCGUCCCUGAACAACCUCGAGGUCUUGCGCAUCCGGGGCUACGUCUUCAAGGAGCUGAGCAAGGCCGACCUCGCGCCGUUGCAAGGCCUGAGCCAUCUUGAAGUCCUCGACCUGGGCACCAACUUCAUCAAGAUGGCCGACCUGGGCGUGUUUGGGGGCUUCGAGAGGCUGAGGCUCAUCGACCUCUCGGCCAACAAGAUCUCGCCUGUCGGCAGCGUCGGGGUUGGCGUCGGCGUCUGCUCGGACCCCGGAGCCCCCGCGGUCCACACUUCCGGGCCCCGGGUCCCACAGGAGACGUCGCACUACUUCAAGUACGACGGCAGCGCGAGGAGCUGCAGGUUCAAGACCGGGGAGGCCCUGUCGUUCCUUCCACUGGACGGCGACUGCCGGUCGUAUGGGCCGACCCUGGACCUGAGCCGGAACAGCCUGUUCUUCCUCAAGGCUUCGGACUUCCGCCACCUCUCCUUCGUGCGCUGCCUGAACCUGUCGGGCAACAGCCUCAGCCAGACGCUGGACGGUAGCGAGUUCGAGUCCCUGUCAGAGCUCAGGUACCUGGACCUGUCCAACAACCGGCUGGACCUGCUCCACGACUCGGCCUUCGCGGGGCUGCACCGGCUCGAGGUGCUCGACCUGAGCGCCAACGCCCACUACUUCCGGGCGGAAGGCGUCACCCACAUGCUCAACUUCACUCGGAGCCUCGUGGCGCUGCAGAAGCUGCUGAUGAACGACAACGACAUCUCGAGCUGCACCAACCGUGCCAUGGAGAGCACGUCCCUGCGGACCCUGGAGUUCCGGGGCAACCGGCUGGACGUGCUGUGGCGCGACGGCGACACCAGGUACCUGCGGCUCUUCCGGGGCCUCGAACGCUUGGAGGAGUUGGACAUCUCCCGCAACGCCCUGAGCUUCCUGCCGCCCGGGGUGUUCGACGGGCUGCCGCCGGCGCUGACCACCCUGCACUUGGCCGGCAAUGGGCUGCGCUCGUUCAACUGGGGCCGGCUGCACCUGCUGGGCAAGCUGGAGGUCCUGGACCUCAGCCACAACCGGCUGACCACCGUGCCGGCGCGCCUGGCCGACUGCUCCAGGAGCCUCCGGAGGCUCGUGCUGAGCCACAACCGCAUCGCGCAGCUGAGCGAGCGCUUCCUGCAGGGCGCCGUGCACCUGCGCUACCUGGACCUGAGCUCCAACCGGAUCCAGGCGGUGCAGCGGACCAGCUUCCCGGAAGACGUCCUCGAGGGGCUAGAAGUGCUGCAGUUGCACCACAAUCGCUUCCUGUGCACCUGCGACGCCGUCUGGUUCGCCUGGUGGCUCAACCGCACCGAGGUGACCGUGCCCGAGCUGGCCACUGGGGUCACGUGCGCGGGGCCCGGGGCGCACAGCGGCCAGAGCGUGGUGUCCCUGGACCUGUACACCUGCGACUUCGACCGCACCAGCCUCGUGCUGUUCUCGCUCUCGGUGUCGGCCGUGCUCUUCGUGAUGGCGGCGGCCACCGGCGGCCACCUGUACAUGUGGGACGCCUGGUACCUGUACCGCCUGUGCCUGGCCAGGGUCCGAGGACUCCGGCGACUGGCCUCAGGCUCCACCUGCUACGAUGCCUUCGUGGCCUACGACACUGGUGACCCGGCGGUGGCCGAGUGGGUCCUGGCCGAGCUGGUGGCCCGGCUGGAGGAGCCCAGGCAGGGGCGGCUCAACCUGUGCCUGGAGGAGCGCGACUGGGUGCCGGGGCAGCCGGUGCUCGAGAACCUCGCCCAGAGCGUGCAGCUGAGCCGGAAGACGCUGUUCGUGCUGACCGAGCGCUAUGCUCGCGCCCAGGGCUUCCGGCUGGCGCUGUACCUGACCCACCAGCGGCUGCUGGACGAGCAGGUGGACGCCAUCGUGCUGGUCUUCUUGGAGCGGCCGGCGCGGGAGGCGCGGUUCCUGCGGCUCCGGAGGAGGCUGUGUGCGGGCUCCGUGCUGGAGUGGCCAGCGAACCCACGGGCCCAGGCCCACUUCUGGCAGACCCUGCGGGACGCCCUGGCUGCGGACAACCACGUGUCCGACAGCCGCGUGUUCAGGGAGGCUGUGUGACACGGGUCUGCCAAAAAAAAAUGGCACCCAGGAUGCUCGUGUUUGCCCCAAAAAGUCCUGAAAUUGCCCCAAAAUGGGACCCGGGAAUCGCCUGGACGCCUCCAUGUGCUUGUGUUUUCCCCAAAAAGUCCUGAAAUUCCCCCAAAAGCUGGGAUCGCCUUAGUGGGAGGAGCCGC